AUGUCGUUUCGUAGCAUUGUGCAUGAUGUAAGGGAUGGCUUUGGGAGCUUAUCUCGAAGAGGGUUUGAGGUGAGGUUUCUUGGCCAUCGCAGAGGGAAAUCUCAUAGUGCCGUCCACGAGUUGCAUGAUCCAGCACCUGUAAUACAGAGCAGUUGCUGGGCUAAUUUGCCUCCAGAAUUGCUUCACGAUGUGAUUGAGAGGUUGGAGGCCAGUGAGGCUACAUGGCCUUCCAGGAAACAUGUAGUCGCUUGUGCGGCUGUCUGUCGAACCUGGAGAGAGAUGUGUCAAGAGAUUGUUAAGAACCCAGAGUUUUGUGGAAAAAUUACUUUCCCUGUCUCCUUGAAGCAGCCUGGGCCCCGUGAUGGAACCAUCCAGUGCUUCAUUAAAAGGGAUAAGUCUACACAAACUUACUACCUGUAUCUGUGUCUUACCUCCGCUGUGGUCGCUGAAAAUGGCAAGUUUCUUCUAUUGGCGAAAAGACACUCCCGUCCAACCUGUACAGAGUAUACAAUAUUUAUGAAUACUGAUAAUACAUCUAGGUCAAGCAACAUGUACAUUGGAAAAUUGAGGUCAAAUCUCCUUGGCACAAAGUUUGUAAUAUAUGAUACCCAACAUCCAUGCAACAUACCCAAUGUUUCACAGUCAGGGAAAACAAGCCGUAGGUUCUACUCAAGGAAGGUAUCACCGAAGGCCUCAUCCAGUACUUACAGUAUAGCACAGGUUUCGUAUGAGCUGAAUGUCUUGGGGACUCGGGGCCCUAGGCGGAUGAACUGUGUUAUGAACUCCAUACCUGCCUCAUCCCUUGAGGCUGGUGGCACUGUUCUAUGCCAGCCGGACAGUGCCGUUGCUCACUCUCUUGAUGAGUCAUUUGGCAGCAUCUCCUUCUCGAAGUCAUCCAUUAGGGAUCGCUCCAUCCGAUUCAGCAGCACCCGAUUCUCGGGCAUCUCAAUAGGUGGCUCCAGGAAUGGGGGCCAGGCAUUGGGUGAUAAUGAUGAGUGCAAGGAGUGGCCACUGACUCUCCGCAACAAGGCACCAAGAUGGCACGACCAGUUGCAAUGCUGGUGCCUCAACUUCAAGGGCAGGGUGACCGUUGCAUCUGUGAAGAACUUCCAACUUGUUGCCGCAACAGAGUCUACUGCUGAAGCACCGACCCCGUCACAGCCUGCCCCGCCACCUCCAUCUGAGCAUGACAAGGUGAUACUGCAAUUUGGUAAGGUUGCCAAGGACAUGUUCACAAUGGACUACCGAUACCCGCUGUCAGCCUUCCAGGCCUUUGCAAUCUGCCUGAGCAGCUUCGACACCAAGCUUGCUUGCGAAUGA